GCUCUUCUCUUUUGAAGAUCUUCGGGAGCGGCUCUUUUUCCGGCGCAGACGCUCCUUCGUUUCCGCUUUUGGGGGUCUCUCGCUGCUCCGGGCUCAGGCAUGGCGGUGUCUCUGGGGGAGGUGGCUGCAGUCGGCGGCGCCAGCCGUUUGCGGCGGCAGCUGGAGUCCGGGAGUUACGCGGCGGAGGAGUACGUGAAGCAGCUGUCCCAGCAGUCGGACGGGGACCGGGACCUGCAAGAGCACCGGCAGCGCAUCCAGGCGCUGAGCGAGGAGACGGCGCAGAGCCUAAAGCGCAACGUCUACCAGAACUACCGGCAGUUCAUCGAGACGGCCCGCGAGAUCAGCUACCUGGAGAGUGAGAUGUACCAGCUCAGCCACAUCCUCACCGAACAGAAAGGCAUCAUGGAAACCGUCACCCAGGCCCUCUUGCUACAGGCCAAUGUCGGCGAGAGGGAAGACCCGGCCGUCGCGGGAGCCUGGCGCGCUGCAGCUACCGCCGCUGAUCCUCACACCAACCCUUUCUUGCCUCUCUCCGGCAAGGACGCCUCGGCCAACGAGGAGGGCCGGCAGCGAACUCUCACCACCCUCCUGGAGAAAGUGGAGGGCUGCCGAGACCUCCUCCCAGAGAGUCCUGGCAAGUACCUAGUGUACAACGGGGACCUUGUAGAGUACGAUGCUGACCACAUGGUGCAGAUCCAGAAAGUCCACGCUUUCCUUAUGAACGAUUGUCUGCUGGUGGCAGCAUGGCUGCCCAACCGGCGGGGCAUGUACCGUUAUGAUGCCCUCUACCCACUUGAUGGGCUGGCGGUGGUUAAUGUCAAGGACAACCCCCCCAUGAAGGAUAUGUUCAAGCUGCUGAUGUUCCCUGAGAGUCGCAUCUUCCAAGCUGAGAAUGCCAAGAUCAAGAAAGAGUGGUUGGAAGUGCUGGAGGAGGCCAAAAGAAACCGAGUUCUCAGUGAGAAACGGAGGCUGGAGCAGGAGGUCCCAACACGGGCUCUUCCAAUGCCUGCUGAGGCUUCUAAUCCAUUUGAAGUAGAUGAGGAAGAGGAGAUGAAGAAAGAAGAGAAGGUGAUGCCCGAAGAAGAAAUGGUGGAUCUGUCUUUAGAAUGGAUUCAGGAACUGCCAGAAGACUUGGAUGUCUGCAUUGCUCAGAGAGACUUUGAAGGGGCGGUUGAUUUGUUAGAUAAGCUGAAGGAAUAUCUGAGUGACAAACCUGUGACCCAAAUGGUUAGAGAGUUGCGAGCGAAGGUGGAUGAAAGAGUCCGACAACUCACUGAGGUCCUUGUGUUUGAAUUGUCUCCGGAUAGGUCUCUCCGAGGAGGACCCAGAGCUACCCGGCGAGCUGUUUCUCAGCUCAUUCGCUUGGGUCAAUCAACUAAGGCAUGUGAACUUUUCUUGAAAAAUAGGGAAGCCGCUGUUCACACGGCCAUCCGACAGUUGCGCAUUGAGGGCGCCACGUUGCUGUAUAUCCACAAACUUUGUCACGUCUUCUUUACCAGCCUGUUAGAGACUGCAAGAGAGUUUGAGACAGACUUUGCUGGAAACAGUGGGUGUUACUCAGCUUUUGUAGUCUGGGCCCGGUCUACCAUGCGGAUGUUUGUAGAUGCAUUUAGCAAACAGGUGUUUGAUAGUAAGGAGAGUUUAUCUACUGCAGCUGAGUGUGUAAAGGUGGCAAAGGAACAUUGUAAGCAACUUGGCGAUAUUGGUCUGGAUUUGACCUUCAUUAUUCAUGCCCUACUAGUAAAGGAUAUCAAAGGGGCUCUGCAGAGCUACAAAGACAUCAUAAUUGAGGCCACAAAACAUCGCAACUCUGAAGAGAUGUGGAGGAGAAUGAACCUGAUGACCCCGGAAGCCUUAGGAAAGCUUAGAGAGGAAAUGAGGAGCUGUGGUGUGACCAGUUUUGAUCAAUACACUGGAGAUGACUGCUGGGUGAAUCUUAGUUACACAGUUGUGGCUUUCACGAAACAGACUAUGGCUUUCUUGGAGGACGCUCUCAAGUUAUAUUUCCCUGAGCUGCAUAUGGUUCUGCUAGAAAGUCUGAUGGAGAUAAUCCUUGUGGCCAUCCAACAUGUUGAUUACAGUUUACGGUGUGAACAGGAUCCCGAGAAGAAAGCAUUCAUCAGGCAAAAUGCAUCUUUCCUUUAUGAAACUGUCCUUCCUGUUGUGGAAAAAAGAUUUGAGGAAGGUGUUGGAAAACCUGCUAAGCAAUUGCAGGAUCUGAGGAAUGUUUCACGACUAAUGCGUAUUAAUCCUGAAAGUACUACCUCAGUGGUGUGAAAUAUAAUGCCUCAGUAGUUUUCAUAUAGAGAUUGUAUAUACUUGUGUACAUACAUACAUAAAGAUAUGUAUGUACAUACAUAAACUCCUGAUGAUUAUCAAAUACGGCAAAGCUCUCAUUAGUUAAUUAUGUUCUGCAAAUACAAGAGACAGCAAGGAAAAAAGGAAAAGAAAGCAAAUACUGUAGUUAGCUCAAGUAGCAUCUUUUUUUGAAGGUCUGAAAGUGACUGUUUAGAUUUCAAAACAUGUGAUGACAUCUGUUUAUGUUAAUAAAUAAUGUUAUUUAAAUGUAUGUAAUUAGGUGCUCCAGAAAAAAAAUUCUGACCUUUUUAGGAAUGUAAAUUAUGAGGUGUGUCUAUUGAUUUCUCCACGUUAGGCAGGGGUGCACGUGAAAUAGGAAGAAUGUUUUAAACAAUCUGCUGUGUUCCCUAUGUUGAGCUGUUCUAUAUCAGCCACAGCUUAGUACAACCCAAACCCAGAAUGCUUUGGUUAUGGAACAAAAUCCAAGUAGGAUUAGAUGACAUGUAUUGCUCCUCUUUCCCUUCCUCUCCCUCAGUGCUUCCCAGUAAGCCAUAUCUCAUUAUACUGGGAACAGCCAAAGAGAGGAAGGGAAAGAGGGGAUGUGCCAUCCCUUUCCCCAGUGCUUUCCCUUUAAGCCACUCCAGUGUUCUAGUAGGGCAUAUACCAGAGGUCCUUGUCCCCAUUUUCCUGGCGCCUUCCCUCUCCUUUGCUGUUGUUGACAUUCCAGAAUGGCAUGUAGCAUUGGCUUGCCUUUCGCACUGAUUGGCCCAGGAUUUGCCUUCUCUUCAGGUUAGGGUUCCUGUCAUGUCGUCAUCCCCCACCCAUCAGUCCAUCAUGCCAAAACAUGCAUAUCAGUUUGGGCAUUGGCCUCCUAAAGCCUGCUAUAUCAUGCAUGAAACAUUUUAUACAUCUAUAGUAUCAAGACAAUUUUCCUUUGUUUCUAAAGUAGCAGAAAUUGUGUAGAAAACAAAGCCGUCUUGCAUGAAUCGCUCUCGGAUGAUGGGGAAAUACUACAAAAAGCUGCAGUCAAAAACAUCCAGCUGAAAAAUUCUUUGAAAACUAUCAUUCAGUAUGAGGUCUGCACUCUUAAUGAUAGCAUUUCUAUUGCACACAUAUUUUUGGCAAUAAUAAAUGCUACCUUAAGCGUAAAAUUUGCUUCUUUUUGAUUUUUAGCAGGUGAAACAUGAAUAAUUUCAAAUAAUAGUUGUCUCAAAAAGGUAAGCCUGCUACGAUUUGUGAAUUUUGUUGCAAUUUUGCUACAGCUUCCUGAUUUUACUGAAGUCAAAUCUACUUUAAAAAAUGAAACUCUUCUUAGUUAGAAAUGGAAAGUCCUAUAACUAACUACAGAACAAGUUGUGCUUGAUCUAGUUUUCAUGUAUCCAUUUACACAUAUCCUUUCAAUUUCAUACAGUGAUGUUUAUUUGAGAGAAGAUACGUAAUCUGUUCAGUUCAUUAUGUCUAUGUGGUCAUCAGUGAUCCACUGAGCAGUGAAAAUCGGAAAGAAAUGGAGAAAUAUUUUACAAUGUUAAUAAAUC